AUGGAUAUGAAGAAUGAGAAGGAUGGAGGUAAGAUAUACAGGAAAAUUGAUCAUGAUGAAGAAAAAUAUGAAGAAAGGAUUAAUGGAGUUGUGCAUGAAGAGAAGGGAAAUAACAGCAGCAAGAAAUAUGUGUUUGCCUGUGCCAUCUUUGCUUCUCUAAAUUGUGUGCUUCUUGGAUAUGAUAUUGGUGUUAUGAGUGGAGCCAUUAUUUUCAUGCAAGAAGACCUAAAGCUCACAGAAGUGCAAGAAGAAGUUUUUGUAGGAACCCUUAGUAUAAUCUCCCUUUUGGGGAGCUUAGCAGGAGGAAGGACCUCAGAUGCCAUAGGCAGAAGGUGGACAAUGGCAUUUGCAGCCAUUGUUUUCCAAUCCGGGGCAGCUAUAAUGGCUCUGGCAACCACUUUUGCAGUGUUAAUGGUGGGCAGAUUACUAGCAGGAAUUGGACUAGGCUUUGGGAUCAUGAUUGCCCCAGUCUACAUUGCAGAGAUUUCGCCCGCGAUUGAGAGGGGAUCGUUCACUUCUCUCCCGGAGAUUUUCACAAAUUUGGGGAUUCUUUUGGGGUAUGUCUCAAAUUAUGCAUUUUCUGGGCUGCCUGCACAUAUAAGCUGGAGGGUUAUGUUGGCUGUGGGGAUUGUUCCUUCGGUUUUGGUGGGGUUUUCGUUGUGUAUAAUCCCAGAAUCCCCGCGGUGGCUGGUGAUGCAGAAUCGGGUUGAGGAAGCCCGGGUGGUGCUGUUAAGGACUAAUGGGGAUGUGGGUGAGGUUGAAGAGAGGUUGGGGGAUAUUCUCAAGGCGGCCGGGGGGAAAAACGAGGGGAAAAGUGUGUGGUUUGAGCUUAUGAACCCCUCGCCCGGGGUUCGAAGAAUGCUGAUCACAGGGUGUGGGAUUCAGUGUUUUCAGCAGAUGACAGGGAUUGAUGCCACAGUUUAUUACAGCCCCACAAUCUUCAAAGAUGCAGGAAUGGGCAGCAAUUCCAAACUCCUGGCUGCAACUAUGGCUGUUGGGUUAACCAAAACUCUCUUCAUUUUAAUUGCCAUUUUCCUGAUUGAUAGAGUGGGGAGAAAGCCCUUGCUCUAUAUUAGCACAAUUGGAAUGACUUUUUGCCUGUUUGGUUUAGGAAUCACACUUUCCUUACCCAAACAUGGCUCUGAUUCUAGCUCUGAUUAUGCUCAAAUCAGCCUGGCAAUCCUGUUUGUCUGUGGGAAUGUGGCAUUUUUCUCUGUGGGGAUUGGGCCUAUAUGUUGGGUUCUGUCCUCUGAGAUCUUCCCUUUGAGGCUGAGGGCUCAGGCGGCCGCCCUCGGGGCCGUGGGGAGUAGAGUCAGCAGUGGGGUGGUUGCCAUGUCUUUCCUGUCUGUGGCUCAUGCCAUUACAGUGGGAGGGACAUUUCUGGUGUUUGCUGCCAUAUCAGCUGCCUCUAUCGUGUUCGUGCACAAAUGCUGCCCCGAAACCAAGGGGAAAUCGUUGGAACAGAUCGAAAUGAUGUUCCAGAAUGAUGGGCAGUGGGUGGAUGGUGGAGUGGAGCUUGAAGAUGCUCAGCAUCUGAUGCACAACACAGGCAGAUGA